GAGCGGCGCAGCCAGGCAGGCGGGGAUCCGGUGUGCCACAUCGGGAUGAGAACGAGACACAGACCCGGGGUCCGGUUGGAUGAGUCAGCGAACGGAUUUCUAAAAUAACAACUAUCCGUAAAUAAAAAAUCUAAUUUUGACGGAAGCGAUCAUCGCAACAACCGAGUCUACUUAAUUUACAUAUAUAUAUUUUUUAAUUUUUUUUUUAUUAUUAUUUUGCUUGUUGCUGUCAGAUUCCGCUUCCGCCAUAGCCUGGUUUUGACUUUUUUUCUUUUUUUUAAUUAUUAUUAUAUUUAUUAUAUAAUAUUUUUUUAUUAUUAUAAUAUUUUUUUUGUUUUACUCCCACCGACCGAGGUGUAAAAAAAAAAAAAAAGAGGAAAAAAAAAAGAAAAAGGAAGGAGGGGGGUUUGGUCCGGUGGAGGUGGAGACUUCACUUCAUCCCUUUUUUAAAAAAAAAAAAGCUACAAUCGGGACAGCAAAAGCUGGUGUAGAGUCUGGUUUUGGACGGUCUUUUGUCAGAUAAAGAUGUCGGGCCAGAGCAUCACGGACCGGAUCACCGCGGCGCAGCACAGCGUCACCGGCUCCGCCGUCUCCAAGACCGUUUGCAAGGCCACCACGCACGAAAUCAUGGGCCCCAAGAAGAAACACUUGGAUUAUUUGAUCCACUGCACCAAUGAGAUGAACGUGAACAUUCCCCAACUGGCGGACUCUCUGUUUGAGAGGACCACCAACACUAGCUGGGUGGUGGUGUUCAAGUCACUCAUUACUACACACCACCUUAUGGUCUACGGCAACGAGCGUUUUGUCCAGUACUUGGCUUCAAGGAAUACACUUUUCAACCUCAGCAAUUUUUUGGACAAAAGUGGGUUACAAGGCUACGACAUGUCUACAUUUAUCCGGAGGUAUAGUCGGUACCUGAAUGAGAAAGCAGUGUCAUACAGACAGGUUGCCUUUGACUUCACAAAAGUUAAGCGGGGUGUGGACGGUGUAAUGAGGACCAUGAAUACAGAGAAGCUGCUCAAGACUAUCCCCAUUAUACAGAACCAGAUGGACGCCCUUCUUGAUUUUAAUGUCAAUGCCAACGAACUGACUAAUGGAGUCAUCAAUGCAGCCUUCAUGCUCCUCUUUAAAGACUCCAUCAGACUCUUUGCUGCUUAUAAUGAAGGCAUUAUCAACCUGCUUGAGAAGUACUUUGACAUGAAGAAGACUCAGUGUAAAGAAGGUUUGGACAUUUACAAGAAGUUUCUCACUCGAAUGACUCGGAUAUCAGAAUUCCUGAAAGUAGCAGAGCAGGUGGGAAUCGAUCGAGGCGACAUCCCUGACCUUUCACAGUUGAAGGAAAAAACACUCGCUGUGGCUCCCAGUAGCCUUCUUGAAGCUCUGGAGCAACACUUGGCCUCUUUAGAGGGCAAGAAAGUCAAAGACUCCACUGCAGCCAGCAGGGCCAGUACUCUAUCAAACGCAGUGUCGUCGCUGGCCAGCACAGGGAUGUCUUUCACUAAAGUGGAUGAGCGGGAGAAGCAGGCAGCUCUGGAGGAGGAACAGGCCCGACUCAAAGCUCUCAAGAUCUCUCGACUCACUCAGGAACAAAGGCUUAAAGAGCUGUCCAAGAGGCCGUCGUUUGCCACCACUGAUACGUCACCGAUCUCCACCACUGGGGGCACCAUCAGCACAGCACCAGCUAUCGACCUCUUCUCCACACCAAGCUGCUCUAAUGGUGCAGUGAAGAUGGAGAGUGAUCUUUUUGACCUGCAGUCAACUUUCCAACCUACAGUGCAUUCAGGCUCUACAGGGCUUCCAGUGGCGACCGCAUGGGCAGAUCCUUUCACCUCUACUGAAGCUGGAGAUGAUUCCAUGCCAAACCUUAACCCUUUCCUCUCAAAACUCGUUGUCGAUGCCACUCACUUACCUGUCGUGUCUUCAGACGGUGUUAGCUUUUCCUCUAGGACAUCUGGUCAUGAAAUGUUUGGUGAUCGUUACAAUCCCUUUAUUGACACAAACUCAUCAGUUUCAACCAAUUACAAACGCACAGUGCGGAUAGAACACUCCAUCUCAGACUCCUUCUGUGGUCCAGUGUCCGUUGCCCAGCACCUCCCACAUCAGGCUCCUUACCCCACUGAGCCCUCUUCUGUAGCAGGUCUAUUCAGAGGUUACUCAACGCCACAGGCCCCUGCACAACAGUCAGCAGGAGGACUCCAAGUGGACUUUGAGUCAGUUUUUGGAACCAAAGCCGCUGGCAGCAGUAGCCUCAACUCUGAUGAUAUUAGUGGAAGCAUCCUGAAACCGACUCUUGCAGGCUCCAACCAGAUGUGCAGUCAGCAGCCUGAGAAGUUGGUGUCCGAUGACCUUGACUCCUCCCUAGCCAACCUUGUCGGCAACCUCGGCAUUGGAAAUGGCACGAUGAAGAAUGACAUGCACUGGAGCCAGCCGGGGGAGAAGAGGAUGACUGGUGGCACCAACUGGCAGCCCAAAGCAGCACCGACCACGACCUGGAACCCUGUCUCCAUGGCACCGUCAGUCAUGGCUUUCCCUGCCACCACACCAACAAACAUGAUGGGAUAUGGUAUGCCUCCACAAAUGGGCUCGAUGGGGAUGAUGAAUCCACCCACCAUGAUGUACUCCCAGCCUGUGAUGAGGCCACCCAACCCCUUUGGUGCUGUGUCAAGUGCUCAGCCCUCUGCAGCCUCUAGUCCUUCCAGCCAGAGUCCUCUCCGAGCCCCUGGACAGGACCCGUUUGCACACCUCUCUCUCAAGGAUUUCUUGUAGAGCAUCUCUUUAGAUGCAGUUCAUGUAAUUUGAAGGAAGUGUCUCUCAGAAGACGAAGCACUUAGCAGCAAAACUUUGUCCUGGUUGCAGUCUAACUCUUCAGAGAAACAUCCGCGCACCCCCAAAUACAGACACGUCAAGAACACAAGGUGCAACAACUGUCAGAAACCAUGGUAAUCAAGUCCAAAUGAUGUUUGGCGAUAGCUCACACCCAUUAUUCUGUAAUAACUUGUCCGAGACAUCGAGUGAUGCUGCCGUCUAACCCCCCUUAAGAGGACUCAUUCAUUUUACAGUGUAAUCUGUAAAGAUAGUUUGGGUGCUGAGAAUCGUAAAUGUUAUGUAUUUGGAGAUACUGUGGUUGGCUUUGAUGUUCAGGAGGAGGGGGUGGAGGGAAAAGAGGAGAGUGGUCCUUCCCUUUCUUGAUCCAAUCAUCAGUCAUCCAUGCCCUGCGGUUAUUUAACUGUCACUAAGUAGUGAUGCUAAUGACGUUUACACCUGUUUAGUUUUGUCUUUUUUACCGUGUUUACAGUAGACAUUCCUUGUGUGUUGUUUGUAUUUAUUUAUGAUUAUUGGUUUAAGAUUGGGGGAAUAAAAAAAAAAAUCAUGUAAAAUCUACAAUACGUUGAACACAUGUGGGAGUGCUUCAGCAUUAACAAGGAUCUCAGACUAUCAUUAAGAGGUAGAGUUUAAAAUAGAUAUUAUAUAAAUUACACCUAUUAAGCGGAAUGAUAGAGCACUAAAUAUUCUGAGUUUUGUGUUAAGAAGAUUUUUUUACUAGAUGAAAGGGUUCACAAUCUCCAUUGUAUUUACCGUACAGGGGUUAGAGUACGAGUCAGUUAACAGUAUAUAGUCGAUUCUGUGCCUAGGGUUUUACUUUGCAAUGGAUCAGUCUCCUGACUAGUUGAAAAAAAAACACGUCAUCCACGAAUCUGAAGCGUCGCACUGGGUGGUGGGCUCCAUUUGCUUUAAGCUUGGCAUGCCAUUGACUCACUGACUGUAAUCAAGGCUGCCUUUACUCUGAAUGUGAAAGAGUUGUCUUCAUGUUGCACACAUCUUUCCACACUGCAGUUCCUCAUAGGUGUUGGGGUGGGUGGGGGUGUGUGCAGAAGUGUCUGCCUGCUGGUCAUCUAGUCGUCGCAGCAGUAGGAGGGGUUUAACAACAACAACUACAACACACACACACACACACACAAAAAACACACACACAAAAAGGAGGGUCACGGACUUGAUGCGAGUUAAAUGUACAAAAGCUCCCGAGGAGCCGGGGCGGAGUGGAGCAGCACUGUUGAUCGGUGCACCGUGUAUAUAAACACUGACUGUUCUUUGAGUGCAGAAGUGAAAGAUGUAUGAAAUAUGAAACCAAUUCAAUCAAAUUUGACUCUACCUAAGUUCAGGAUAUUCUCUGCGUUUGUCUCCGCAGAUAUUUUUUUUUCUUUUCUUUAUGUAAUUAGAACGUGUAGCAGACAAUGACUGAACUCUUUUUCUUUCUUUUACAAAUAAAGAGCAGCUUCCACAAA